UUUGGCCGAGUCGCACCAUCACACACAACCAGCCGCGGGGUACCUGCGCGCACUGUGCCCGGCCCACACAGGGGAGGGGUUUGACUCUCUCUAUCAUUAACAGAUUCAAGAGGAGUGAGAGAGAGAAACUUAACGCCGUCCUGACUGAGGAGAGGUCCGCACACACAGAGAGAGGCAGAGGGAAAGAGCAGCAGCGAUUCCAACCCAGGCUGUCUGAACUGAGCCCGAAGUUUCUUGGCCGAUCGGAGAAGGAAUAAUUUGGAGCCCGUUUGCCCCACACAGCGCUGUUGUGGAUAUUUACGUCCACCUUGUCUCCUGUUGAAGAAUGGCGAGAGAUUACGCAGCGCGCUGUCCGGUCUCUCCGGCGAGAAGCACUUGGCUGGCGGCAGCAGCGAUCCUCCUCAUAGUCCAAGGUAUCGGGGCUCAGAAAGUGCGAGUGGAGGAAGAGCUGGAGGCCUAUCCCACAGAGUCAGUUGAUCUCCGCUGUCAAUUCAUCGACGGAGGAGGCCGCACCAAGCUCACACAGGUGUCUUGGAUAUGGGAACCCUCUGAUGGUCAAAGGGACAACAUCGCAGUGUACCACCCAACCUACGGACAGAGUUUCCCCAAUUUGUCUUUCAAAGACCGAGUUGUCUUCCUGCACAACAGUCUGGAGAACCCAUCCAUCAGGAUUUCUAACCUAAAAAUGUCCGAUGCUGGCCGUUACACCUGUGAAUACGCAACCUAUCCCUCUGGAAACGAACAAGGGACGACCACCCUCAUCAUGCUUGCCAAGCCCAAGAACUCCGCCAAGGUUGUGACAGUCCAGGCCGGCACCAAAUCGGUGGUGGUGGCCCAGUGCGAGGCGGCGGAGGGUAAACCAGCGGCCAACAUCAAGUGGCUGGCGUCUGUGGGAGGCAACCACUCGACUAGCACCACCAAUGGCCCAGACGGGACGGUGACUGUACGCAGCGAGUAUCGUCUGGUUCCCACGCCGGGGGAUAACGGCAAGGAGGUGACAUGCAUGGUUGACCAGAGGACACAGGUGCAGCCGUGGGUCUACCCCGUCAAGCUCUCUGUGGAGUACCCGCCCUCCGUGUCCAUAGAGGGCUACGACAACAACUGGUACGUCGGCCGAUCAGACGCCAUGCUCUUCUGCCUGGCCAACGCCAACCCUGCACCCACCACCAUCACCUGGACCGCGGCAUCCGGUUCUUUGCCAGACACGGUGCAGGUGGACGGGAACAAGCUGGUGGUGAAGAAGGUGGACGACGCCGUCAACACCACCUUCAUCUGCGAGGUGAAGAACAAGCACGGGGCCAGCAGGCACCAGAUCACCACCGUCGUCGUCGAAGCCUUGGAGGAUCCGCCCAGUGCCGGCGUUGUGGCGGGCGCUGUGAUCGGCUCCCUUCCGGCCCUGCUAUUGGUUGUCACGCUCAUUGCUGUUCUCCUGACCCGCAGCCGCCGACAGCAGAGGCGUGGCUAUCCCAGCAGUGGGAACUCCAUAGGAACAGGCAGCGGCGGAAGCAACGGUGGAGACUAUGGCAACAAAGCCCGUCUGCUUUUCAGUGGGAUGAGCAACAACAGCAGCAAGAACGGGACCGGAGCAAACAACAACGGGCCCAGCUACACGUAUCGGGAGGGGUGCGACGCCACGGGUACUCUGACGGAAAAGGCCAGCGACUACCACCAUCACCAUCUCCACCAUUCCUCAACUGGCAACCUUCCCUCUGCCCACGACAUCCUUCUUAGUGGUGAGUUGGGUGAAGCUGAGAGGAGGAAGUUCGACAUGGAUGACAGCAUGGAGGAAGAAGAGGAGCAAUACAAUAGGUUUGGAGGCAUCGGGGGAGGUGGGAACAUGCUACCCCCUGCGUAUCACGUCCGCAGAGGCCAUGAAGAAGAAAUGGACGUGUACCUUGACGACGACAUGGAGUCUCAGAGAGACGGCUCUGUCAUUUCCCGAACUGCCAUUUAUGUCUGAAGAUGAAGGAAAGGAAAGAAAAGACGAGGACUGAAAACAGGGAAAGGAGAUGUGGUGGAGGAAGCGGGGAGUCCGAGCCAGCCCCCCCUUCACCACCAAGUAAAUCAGCAUCGCCUCCAUCAGCUAAACACCUAUCUGCUUAACAUUCAACCCGAUUAAUGAGAUGCCAUCAAUUAUAUCCUCUCUGCUUGACUGUGACUGUAUAAUUUUAUAAAAAGAGGAUUUAAAGAAAAAUGAGAAAAAGGAAAAAGAAAGUCAAAAUGAAGUUGUUGUGAAGCUGACGAAGGGCAGCUUGUGGUGGCAGUAGUGCACUGUGGCUGAAUAUGUGACCGUGUUUAACUGUAUCAUGGAGACAGAUUUUUGUCAGUCGUCGGCCAAAUAUGACAAAAUGUAAAAAAAAGAAAAAAAGAAAAAACUGCAAAGAACAAACAAAAACCACAGCAACUCUGAUGCGAUGCUGCUAAUUGCUACGUUCUUGUUUCUUCAGCUUUGCAAGUGUGUGAUCAUGUGCUGAGUGACUGCACUGUUUGUAUUUUAUACUUUACAAGAAAACGUAAUCUGCAAAGCCACAAAAACACCAACCACUAUUCCAAAAUCACCACCGUUCAAAAAUCGCCUUCCUGUUUCAAAAUAAAAGGAAAAAAAAAUCCUUCAUCAACAUGUUGCACUCUACGUGACGCUGUUGGAAAGGGUUCUGUGGACGUUGCCGCUGUGCUGCAGACACCACCUUUCUGAAAUGCCUGACACUUCGCCUGAAUGGUUUUAAAACUUGAAAAGGCCAAUUAUAUCGCCCUGGCAACAGUGAUGGAGUUUCCUUUCAUCCCAGUGACGGCUUUUUUUUGGGGGCUUAUAGUGACUCGGGGUUCUUGCCCCACCCUGUGACACCACCUGGUUUCCUGAUGGGUGCAGCUGAAGCGAGGCCACUAAACUGACUUAUAUAACAGACUUAACAGUGUGUGCUAAUGUGCGGCUGGCUGUGGUGUUAAUGAUGUGCAUCAUCUAUAUAUUGGGCGCCGUGUCACUAUAGCACAAUUGUUGUUGUUGUUGUUGUGGAUGUUGUUGUUGCUGUUGUUGCUGUUACUAUUGUUGCUGUUGUGUAAUAGUGUUGAUCUCGCUAAGGAAAAGAUGCACCAGGAGCCUUGGGGGAUUUCACACAGUUCCACACUGGGUCGGUAAUGACUUAUUUAAUGGGUUAAAAAAAGAUGUGCUUCUCUUUGUUUGCAACUCUAUUUUUUCCCCCUUUCCUCUUUAAGUCUCUUCUCGCUUUCUCUGCAUUUCCUUCUCCUUUAUUUCCCUUUUCUCUGCCUUUCUUUCUCUCCGUCUCCUGUCUUCCUGUUCCACAUGCAUCCUGCAACGUUUGUAUGUUUUCCUUACUCUCUGCCCCACACACAUUACAUCUCUCUCUUAUUCUGCUCUCCCUUUAUUUACAUAAUGGGCGGCUUAGAUGAGUGCCGUAAUGACUGUGUGCAGGGAGAAGGGGAUAACUCGUAUUUAUAUUCCUAUCUGGGUCGCAUUCAACGAGGCAAAAUAUUCACCGGCUUUGUUGGAGGCUGCUGUAUUUCAUGUAUUCAUUUCCCAUGUCCCACAGAAUGUUCUUAGGCUAUGUACCGGAUUAUUCCAUGUUCUGUAUUCUGAUUGGACAGAAAGACAGAGUCCAAGACACAUUUCAAGAAAGGAUGUGAAAACAGGCUAAACGAAAUCCCAAACUCCCAAAUCUUUGGUUCUUGUACACUUCAGAACAAGUAGACACUAUACUUUUUUUUAAAUGUGAGACAGGGUGGGAUUUUUUUCUCUUUAAUGAGAUCUUUCACUCAACAUUAGGAUAAUUGUUCAAGAGAAUUAAUUGAACAUGCAAAACUGCAUUUUUAAUUUUAAUGAUUUGGAUUCUGUGAUUAAUUAAAAUUCUUGUUGUUGGGUAUGCAUUGGAAGAGUUGUGAACUGAGACAUAGCUCUUAAGUUUUUGGAACACAUUUGCCUUAUUGGUUUCCAGGUUUUUCUUACUCAUCGUUUUUUUUUUCAGAGCACCGAAUGAAUUGUCUUUUUUAUCUUGGAACGGUUGUGAGGCUCUGGGCAGGGAAAUCUCUGCACUAAUACUGGAAACCUCCUCGAAGAUGUGUAGAGAUGUGUAGAGUUCUCAAAAAAAAAACGUAUUUUUAGGACUACAAAACAGUGUAGACUGGUGCUACAUGCUUUAGCAGCUGAACUGAGCACAUCUUCUGCUUUUCAGUCUCAUAUCACAACCAUACACCUGGUGACUUCAGACAUGCAGUGUGAUUGUGGUGAGUGUUCAGCUUUGGUGGCUUGAGUCAUUUUGCAGUCAAGGGUACUUUAAAAUCAAAACUGCAACUGUGCGGUGUUAAAGGCUUUUUGAAGGUCUUGUAAAUGUCAACACAAGUAGUAUUUAUAGGAAAGGAUCUGAUAAGGGAGUUGCCUAAGACUGCGAUGAUCUUCAACACUGGAAAGUGUUGUCAAUACAUUUUUAGUGGGUGAACAGGCCUGUUUACCAAAUAUUAUCUCAACCUCAUUUUAGAACUCUUGUCUCAUUUCAUUUGCUCAUUUUUCAUUACAAUGUAAGAAUAAAUUGUGAUAAUAAUUGAAGAACCAGUGUGUAGGAUUUAGUGGAAUCUAGCAGUGAGUUUGCAGAUUGCAGCCAGCUGAAUACCCCUCUCCUCACCCCUCCCUUUCCAAGCUUGCAGAAGAACCUACAGUGGCCUUUAGGUAACGUGAAAGGCCCUCAGUGUUUGCUUUUUCCAUUUUGCACAGUAGGAACACGGUGGUACAACAUAGCAGGCUCCGUGGAAGAGGACGUGCACCCUCUGUAGAUAUACAGGACUCAUUCUAACCCAAUGAAUAAACGCAGACAUAAAUACAGUAAUUAAUAGUUUCAGGUGAUUAUAAACCACUGAAAAAUAGUUCUGAAUUUUAUAUCCUAUUUCUGCCAAUAGAUCCCCUAAAUGUUACACACAUCCUACAUUUAAGAUCUGAACACAGACUUGUCCAUAAAUUGAAAGCUGAGAUGUUUGAAAUUUGAAAUUCAGAUCCUCUGUUGAUUGAUUUUUUUUUUCCUGGGUUAAGGAAGCCCUUUUCAGCUCUGCUUCUCCCCGAGUCCUGAGCAGGUCCCUUGUUGUUGAUUGUGGUCAAACAUUAUACACUGUGCAAUCUGUUAUUCUGUAAAUGAGACAGUUGUAUCUGCUACGUUACAGUACAUUUCAGUGGAGACGUUUUAUCAUGUUUCACAGUGUAUUUGGACAGGUUGCCAAUUAAUCUCAAAGUAACUGAGAAAUUUCUGUUGCCACACGUGUCACAUGCAGUAGAAGUUGUUUGUUGUAUCACUGCAGUACAGUAAAGUCUUAAAGUGUCUUUUAAACUCCACAGGGUGCAGGCAUGCUCCAAGAACCAGACUUUGAAACUCUGGAGAACAAAAGAAGACCUGUUUUGUUUCUGUUUCAUCACUUCGAUUAUAAUGAUUUUCACCCUAAAAAUGAAGUCCCUGACUUUUUGGAGGCACUCCGUUUCAUCUCUCUCCAGCACACUUACCCUCAGUGAGGCCAUUGUCUGCCUCAGCAGAUCUUUUCUCCAGGGGUAUCUCACAGCACCAUAAUUCUGAACAGUUGACUGUGAUCACAACUUUGGCGCCUAAUUAGUUCCAGAGUCUUGUAGCGUGCAUGUACCCUCGGUGGGAAAACUUAUCAUCAUAACUUUUGUUUUUG